CUUAUUGUGAGUGUACAUGUACAAACACAGUUCUGUACUUUGGAGUGAUGGCCGAGUGUGUGUCUGUGGGGAUAUCACAGUGCCGUCGAAUGGCACCAGUCUUUUUGUUUUGCCUAAAUUUGCUGCUUUCACACUUUCAUCUGGGUACUGGAGCAGGCCCAGUGUUUCUGUCUAGGCAAGCAGCCGACAGGGUUUUACAGAGACACAAACGCUACAACACUGGUGUGUUUGAGGAGCUGCUGGAAGGCAACUUGGAGAGAGAGUGUAUAGAGGAAGUAUGUGACCUGGAGGAGGCCAGGGAGAUAUUUGAGGAUGAUCAAAAGACAAUGGAGUUCUGGGCAGGAUAUAUAGAUGGCAACCAGUGUAAAUCAAGCCUGUGUCUAAACCAGGGUUCAUGUAAUGACCAUAUUGGCCACUACACAUGCACAUGUCUGUCUGGCUUCACUGGAAAUAACUGUGAGAUUGUGAUAGCAAAAAGGUGUGAUGUUAACAAUGGGGACUGUAUGCACUUCUGUGAAUCAAUGGGAACCUUUGGAGCAAAAUGCUCCUGUGCAACAGGAUACAGGCUGAUGGAAGAUGGGGUCAACUGUGAACCAGAAGCUGAAUUCCCGUGCGGCCGAACUGCUUUGACAACAUUAAGUGCAGCAUCUUCAAGGUCUCUCCUCCCUAGGGAGAAUGCAAGCCUGGACAACACCACUUCACUGACCAACAUCAGCACCACUACAUCCUCUCCUUCAACUCCAGCCAGUACUACAGAGUCUUUUCCGGCCACAAAUGAGCCUGUAGAAAACCGACCCAGAACAAAAUUGCCAUCAUGGGUGUACGACGAGGCUAAGUUCCCUGCAGUAACGCCACAUAAACGCAUUGUAGGCGGUGAAGUGGUUAUCCCAGGAGAAAUCCCCUGGCAGGUUGGCUUGAUAGCGCAUCCCAGUGAUCGUUUGUUCUGUGGGGGCUCAAUUCUCAGUGAAAAAUGGGUUAUCACUGCUGCUCAUUGCCUGGUGGAGGCACAUGGCCCCUUUUUCAUCAGAGCAGGGGAGCAUAAUAUUUACACCAGAGACGGCACAGAGCAGGAUCAUGAUGUGUUGGAGCAGCACAUACACCCACGCUACAACAUCAGUGUAAGCUUGUACAACCAUGAUAUUGCCCUACUGUACCUCAAAAGCCCUAUCACCUUCUCCACAACAGUGAGGCCCAUCUGCAUAGGACCCAGGGUCUUCACUGAAACUCUAACAAGGGAGUACUCUCCAGCAACAGUCAGUGGCUGGGGUCGAACACGUUUCCUUGGAGCCACAGCUAAAACACUGCAAAAGGUUGAGGUUCCCUUCACAAGUCGGGCAGAGUGUAAGCGCAGCAGCAGUUCCAGGAUCACUCCCUUCAUGUUUUGUGCAGGGUACUAUGAUGAGCCCAAAGAUGCCUGUCAAGGAGAUAGUGGAGGUCCUCAUGCAAACAGUAUUCAUGACACAUGGUUCCUGACAGGAAUUGUGAGCUGGGGGGAAGAAUGUGCAAAGGAUGGGAAAUAUGGCGUAUACACCAGGGUGUCCCUUUACUACAGCUGGAUACGCCAUGUUAUGGGAAUAACUAAAUACAGGUUGGCAUUUGAUGUGGAAGACCCUGAUAAUUGAAUUUAACAAUUCUAGAUUUGAAAUAUAUAACUGGUUUACAGAGGAGUUGUGUCAUGUCAAAUGAAGUAUCCAUUUUUGCUUGAUGCUGGUUUAAAAAUAUAUAAAUAUACAAAAAAUCACAA